AAUAUUAACCCUACAACUGGCUGCAAGCUGCUAAGGUUUGGAGGGGGGAAAAUCUUCAAUAACUUUCUUUAGCAUUUCUUCUUCUUUUUGUUGAGGGUUUAAAUUCUAUUCCUUAAUCAUUAGAUUUUUUGAUAAGUUCAACAGAAUUCUGGCUUCACAUACAGUUGAAGACAUGAAGACGAGUUGGUUGUGCUUGAUUUUGUUAACUAUCUCAUCUAAAAGCUUAAUGUUUUAAAGAAUGUCGAGUGUAUUCAUUUAAAUCUUGUCUUAAAUAUGCCCCUCUUACACAAUUUUCAUAUUGGUUGGUGUUAAGACCUAAAACUUAGGUCUUUUGCGCGACUUUGAUAUCAAUUUAACCAUCUCUUCUGGAGCAGGGUCAUGAGAAUUCAUUCAGAUCUUGCUUCAAUAGAUUAAAUCGUGUUUCUUUCAGGGGAAGCAUUCUACUGAUAUUCUUGAAUCAGAUGGAAAGUUUUGAUUGGAAUUAUUCACCCAGUGUGACUAGGACUUCCUCCAUAUGGAGCAAUCAGCAAUAUGAUGUGGUUCAGCAGCUGAGGCCUGUGUUGGCCACUGGAAUACAUUUUAAUUCGAACUGCAGGAAUCUGUUUCAUCAAGAAGCUGCAAAAUCUGGGCCUGGUUCAAGUUGGAGAGAGAUCAUAAAUGUAGACAUUCCUUGCUCGACGACCCCAAAAAAUGGCCUAAUAACAGCCGAUGUAGGCAUUGGAAGCCAUAGCCAUCCAAAAUCUGCCAUUAAUGGCUUCCAAGAGGUAAAAGCCGGAAGCUCAACAGGAACAGUCUCUCUGGAUUCCUUAGAUUGCUUUCUAUCUACAACCAACAGCCACACAGACACAUCGGUUGAAGACGAUGGAAUUUCCAAGGUUUUUUCUGAUUGCAAGAACUCAUGGAACGAUUUCAGUACUGUUCAUGCAGUUUCAUCUGGAGCACCUGUAUCUCAUGUCUCCAUUGGAAAACAGGAACGCAAUAGCCACAGCCAUACAAACCAGUUCAAAGAGACAUUUUCACAAACACCCACAGAUCAAAAUGUCAACCAACCCAGAUCUUCAAGCAAGAAGCUUUACACUACAAAGAGAAGCAAUGCACAGAGUGAGCUCAAAGAAAGCCCAGCAAAACCCAAGAAGUCCAGAUUAGACAAACAUCCAAAUAUAUCACACAUCAAUUUCCAGCAACAUGUAUCUUCAUCUGAACCCGACUCAGCGGCCAUGGCGCAAAUGAAAGAGAUGAUGUACCGAGCAGCAGCAUUUAAGCCGGUGAAUCUCACCAUGGAGGCCAUGGAGAAGCCCAAGAGGAAGAACAUUAGAAUAUCAACAGACCCACAGACUGUGGCUGCAAGACGAAGGAGAGAAAGGAUAGGUGAAAGAAUUAGGGUUUUGCAGAGGCUGGUCCCAGGAGGUAACAAGAUGGACACUGCAUCAAUGCUUGAUGAAGCUGCUAAUUAUCUCAAAUUCCUCAGAUCACAAAUCAAAGCACUAGAAGAAUUAGGGCACAGUAUGGGAUCAGUGAAUUUCCACCCUACAAAUCUUGCCUACCUUCCAUUCAUAAACUCAUUUGCCAUGCAAACCAAUUUUUGUUUCCAAAACCCUAACCCAAACCACCAUUCCAAGACAUAAGAUGGUAAGUUAAUGAGUAUUUCUAAUUAAUUUUGUAGCCGAAAGUCAAGAUACUUCACAAAAGAACACGAAGAUGAUCAAUCAUACGAGUUCUACAAUUUUCUCAUUGUAAUCCAAGCUUAUUCUCGGUAAAUUUGAACAUUAUAAAUUU